AUGGCGAACAAGCGUGGGGCUGCGGGUCAGCAGCAACCUCCGAGCGGGAGUACUCAACACUCUGAGGAACUCGCUUCAGUGGAGUCGGAGCUGCAAACUCUCAAAACCAACACCACGGCACAAAUCUCUGGCCUCCAAGCCUCUCUAACCGACCAGCAAGCUGCUUUGAGUUCGUUUCGCGACGAGAUUCUAGCGGAGUUGCGUGCUAUGCGCACUGCAACCCCGGAUCUGAGCUUGGUGAAGUUUGGGACACUCCCACCUGUUAUUGAAACACCUGGUCUCGUGUCGCUGCUUGAGUCUACUUCAGAUCAAGUUCUGCCUUCAUCAACUACCACGACUAGUACCUCUUCCCAACCCAUCUCUAAGUUUGACCAGCUAUAUCAGUUCGCCACUACGCAACCCAUUGUCACGAAUUCCGCUGGUGCUGUGCUGAAUACUAUCACUGUGAGCAAGGUUAGUCCUAAACCGUCCACAGAGAAGCGCAAUUUUGAGAAAGGAGAAACCAGUAGAGGAAAAGGUACUGGAUCUGGGAGUGAAAAACCCUAUACAACCCAGUUUUUCCAACACACACCUAACCCACAAGUUAGCCAACAGUUUUCACCACACUACAAUUUUGCCUACACUAAUAUACCUCCUGGCAGUUUUGGCAACACCAGUUUCGUCCCAGCCAAUUUUGUUUACCCACACUCUGGACCAGGACACUUUACUCAUCAACCAGGGCCAUCCAACACCCCCUGCAGCUCGAAUACUCAACUACAGUCACAUAGAUUCAGCCCUCAAUACACUGCAGCUACCAUUACCUCACACAUACCACCCCAUGCUUAUACAGGACCUUAUCCAUACUCUGGUUACCAACCCAAUUGUCAACAGCAGUUCAUGUCCAACAACUGGGACCCCAAUUUACCCACCAUGAAACAGAUGAAACUGGAGAUGCCCACCUUUGGCGGAAAUGACCCUAUUGAGUGGGUGAGCAAGGUCGAGCAAUACUUUGAAUUUUAUCAGGUUCCUGAGGAUAGAAAACUUGCAAUAGCCACCAUGCAUUUGGUAGACCGAGCAUCAGAUCGAUGGUUCAUGUUCAAACAUGAAUUUCCCCAAACAUGGUCUGGUCUUUGUGAUUUGUUACUACGAGAAUUCAGUGAACACAACCUCGGUGACUAUCAGGCUGCUUUGGCUAGGAUGAGCCAAACAGGGUCAGUAGAGCAGUUCAUGGAACAAUUCACGAAACUCUCUCGUCGAGCACCUGGCUUUACACCUGAGAAUCUAUUGUUCUUCUUCAUUGGAGGUUUGAAGAGUUCUAUCCGUUCUGAUGUGAGAGCUCAAAACCCUAAGACAUUGUAUGUAGCUUGUGCUUUGGCCAAAAUCUUUGAGGAAAAGGAGUUAAUUCAGCGUCAGGCGGGCCGCAAUACCUUUGUCCCUAGACCUACCCCAGCAGUGGCCCCAACCAUACCUAGGGUUGCCCCUGCACCAGUCCAGCUUGCUCAACUCCGACCUGCUCCUAUUGUGCGUGCACCACAAGCAGGGAAUCAAGGUGGUAAUCGGAGAAUGACUCGUGCCGAGUACUUAGAACGGAGAGCUCGUGGUCUGUGCCUCUUUUGUGAUGAGCAAUAUCGGCCAGGCCAUAAUUGCAGGCAUGGCAACACUCUCAUGGCUAUCGAAAUUAUACCAGACGAGAUGGAAUUACAGGGUCCAGAAGUUAAUGAGGGUGAUGUUGAAAUUCACCAUGUAGACAAUCCAGAUAAGGAGUGUGACUUGCAACUCCAUUCUGUUGAGGAUGGGGAUAAUGUAAGAACCAUGCAGUUGAAAGGGGAGUUUCAAGGGAAGGAAGCUCAUGUACUCAUAGAUUCUGGAGCAUCUCGUAACUUUAUCCAUCCCUCUGUACUACGCAAAUCGGGCGUCACAAUGCAGGAGAUCAAACCACUUCGAGUACGAGUGGCAAGUGGUCAAAUUAUGGUCACUAGCACAAUGGUUGAGGUACCUAUCACAUUACAACAUUAUAGUUUUGUCACAUCCUAUUAUGUAUUACCCAUUUCAGGUUGUAAGAUUGUUUUGGGGGCGGCCUGGUUGAGGACGUUGGGUGAUAUUGUGUGGAAUUUUGAGCGUAUGACUAUGAAGUUUUGGGAUCAAGGCCGAGAACAGUCUUUGCAGGGUAACACUGAGGUGGACUCUAGUGUUGUGAGUUGUAAGGCAAUGACCAGAACACUAAGGAAAGAGAAAGAAGCUUUGCUUGUUCAGUUGAAUUCUAUUGUUAGCCUUCCCAAGCCUGACACACAUACACCAACAAACUCUCACAUCCAAAACCUCAUACACAAGUAUUCUGAUGUUUUUGAAACCCCCACACAAUUACCACCACCAAGGCCACGGGACCAUAAAAUUAAGCUACUACCAAACACUUGCCCUAUUAAUGUGAGACCCUAUCGUUACCCUCAAUUUCAAAAAAAUGAGAUAGAGAAGAUCAUUCAAGAGUUGUUAACAAAUGGAGUGAUUCGACCUAGUGUGAGUCCGUAUUCAUCACCAGUGAUCUUAGUGAAGAAAAAAGAUGGAUCAUGGAGGUUGUGCAUUGACUAUAGAGCUUUAAACGCUGCUACUGUAAAGGAUAAGUAUCCGAUACCCGUAGUGGAUGAGCUCAUUGAUGAGGUUCAUGGUGCUACCUUGUUCACCAAGUUGGAUCUCCGGGCUGGAUACCAUCAGAUAAGAAUGCACGAGAGAGACAUUGAGAAAACUGUUUUUCGCACACAUUCAGGCCAUUAUGAAUUUCUAGUCAUGCCAUUUGGCUUAACCAAUGCACCAUCUACCUUUCAAGCAGUGCUGAAUGAUGCUCUUCGAGAGUUGCUACGCAAAGGAGUUUUAGUCUUCUUCGACGACAUCCUAAUUUAUAGUUCUAAUCUAGAACAACACUUACAGCAGUUGGAGCACGUGUUCAAGAUCCUGCGACAUCACUCGUUAAAGGUGAAAGAGAGCAAAUGUAGUUUUGGAGUAAGCCAAGUAGAGUAUUUGGGGCAUGUUGUUAGUGGAGAAGGAGUAUCUGUCGACCCUGCUAAGAUACAAGCUAUUAGUCAGUGGCCUAGACCUUUGACUCUGAAGCAAUUACGAGGUUUUCUUGGUUUAGCCGGGUACUAUCGAAAGUAUGUGAGGAAUUUUGGAAUUAUAGCCAAGCCUUUAACUGAUUUGCUUAAGAAAGAUGCUUUUUGUUGGAACCCUAAGGCAGAAUUUGCAUUUGAGGAGUUGAAGCAUGCACUCACACACACACCAGUGCUGGCUUAUCCGGAUUUUUCGCAGGAAUUCGUUGUUGAAUGUGAUGCCUCUGAUGCAGGCAUUGGUGCAAUUUUAUCACAAAAUGGUCAUCCCAUUGCGUUCAUGAGCAAAGCACUCGCUCAACGCCAUUUAGCACUAUCUGUGACUCUUGAACAUUUCCUCAAGCAAAAGAUUACUACUCCAGCUCAGCAGAAAUGGCUAAUUAAACUCCUUGGCUAUGACUACUCCAUCUCUUACAAGGCAGGACAGAACAAUGUUGUUCUGGAUGCGCUAUCUAGGGUCCCUGCCCUUGUUUCUCUCAUGGGAAUUUCAAGUCCAGUGCAAGGCUACAUUCAUGACCUUCAACAGUCUUGUUUGAUUGAUUCCGAGGCUGCAGCCAUCAUAACACAGUUGCAACAAGGUAAUGAGAAGAAAUACUAUCAGUGGACAGAUUCCCACUUGUUUUACAAGGACAGAAUAUUUGUGCCUCGCAUUGAUGGAUGGCGACACAAGAUCAUCUCUGAGUUCAAUGAUGGAAAGAGACAUCACUAUGAAGCCAUGAAACCACCAGGUCUACUCCAACCUAUUGCCAUACCAGAACAAGCAUGGCAAGUCAUUUCCAUGGACUUCAUUGAUGCCUUGCCAAAAUCUGAGGGUAAGACCACUAUUUGGGUUAUCAUUGACAAGUUCACUAAGUAUGCACAUUUUAUCCCCAUUUCACACCCCUACACUGCUGCAUCUCUGGCCAAACUCUUUGUGCAUGAAGUAGCAAGAUUACAUGGUAUGCCUACACAAAUCAUCUCGGAUAGAGAUCCCGUUUUCAUGAGUUUGUUUUGGGAGGAGUUCUUCAAGCUGCAGGGCACGAAGUUGAGUAAGUCAUCGGCAUACCACCCACAAAGUGAUGACCAAACUGAGAAUUUAAAUCGCACUUUGGAGCAAUACUUGCGAUGUGUCGUAGACACUAAGCCUAAGGAGUGGGUUGCAGCACUGCCAUGGGCAGAAUGGUGGUAUAACACCUCACACCACUUGGCCAUUGACAUGUCACCUUUCAAAGCUUUGUAUGGAUAUGAGGCUACCUCAGUAAGGACCUACUUGCCUGGCUCAACUGCAGUAGCUCAAGUGGAUAAAGAGUUGAUUGCAAGGGAUGAGCUUUUGAAGGUUUUGAAAAUGAACUUGGAGGUGGCACAGUCACGUAUGAAGAAGUAUUAUGACCUGAGGCACACUGAGUUGAAGUUACCUGACACAGCCAGGAUCCAUAAUGUGUUCCAUGUCUCAUUGUUGAAGAAGAAGUUGGGAACUCAUGUUGUAGUGGAAACAGAACUCCCCCCACUGUUCAAUACCAGCACUGACACUUGGGAGCCUGAGGAGGUGCUACAGAUCAAAAUUGUGAAAAGAAACAAUGUGGCAGAUGCACAGUGGCUGAUUAAAUGGCGUGGCAAACCAGUUGAAGAGGCCACUUGGGAAUUUUAUGAUGAUCUUAAGGAAAGGUUUCCAGAAUUUUUGCUCCAAAGGGCAGCUACUCUCCAAACUUGA